AUGAUGAUGCGCAACGGUACUAACUCGCUCACAACAGACGUGCCUAGCGAGAGAGAAAUCAAUCGCCUCGCGGCUCGAUCAGACGAGGAGUUUCGGCUUUUCGAGAUGAUGGAUGAGGAGAGAAGGAGAAAGGAGGGCUACAGAAUCCGUCUUAUGGAAGAGCAUGAGGUACCAAAAUGGGUGUAUAAUAAUGGAACUGCAGCAGCUAAUGAUGAACACAAGGAGAAAGGAUCAUAUGAUGUUGUUGAAUCUUCUGAUAAUGUCGGUGGAAAACGACAAAGGAAAGAGGAGGUCUGUACAUCGAAGCCGCCAAAGAAGAAGAGGUCGAGCUUGACGCGGGCCCUGAUGUCCCCCGUCCCUCAACUCCUCUCCGCCAACGUCGCCGGUCUAAGAUUCAAACUAGCUUGGUUUUCCGAUCUUCAUCAAUUAGGCGAGGUUGUCUUCUAA